AGAAAGGAAGGUUUCACCCAAGCGGUAUUGAGAGGUUGUAUUUAGUUUGAUUAAAUGUAUCUUGUUAAUGAUUAAUGUUAAUCAGGUCGUUUUAAUCAUUUAACUUUACGUGGUCAUUUAUAUUAUUUCCUAUAAUGAGUGGAGGAGGAAUGCUAUAUGGUGGUGAUGAAAUCGGAGCGUUAGUUUUCGAUGUUGGGCAUCAUUCUUUUAGAGUUGGAUAUGCCCAAGAAGAUACUCCAAAAGCAGAAAUACCAUCAGCUGUUGGAGUGUGUGAAGAUGGUAACGGCACAGCUACAAUUAAGACCGAAAAUUUAGAUGUUGACAAAAAACCUGAUUCAAGUAACAUUAGUUCUACUGCUGGACCAAAGUAUUACAUUGAUACUAACAUUCUCAAUGUUGCUAGAAAAGGCAUGGAAGUAGCUAGUUUUAUGAAAGAUGGAAUGAUUGAAGAUUGGGAUUUAUUCGAAAAGGUUUUAGAUUACACCUAUGCAAAAUGUAUUCAGUCCGAGUCAGAAUACCAUCCUGUUUUAAUGUCAGAAGCUCCAUGGAACAUGAGAACCAAAAGGGAAAAGUUGACUGAACUAAUGUUUGAAAAAUAUAAUGUACCGGCUUUUUUCUUAGUUAAAAAUGCAGUUUUGGCAGCUUUUGCGAAUGGAAGAGCAACUGGGUUGGUUGUAGAUAGUGGUGCAACGCAUACUUCUGCCAUUCCUGUGCAAGAUGGCUUUGUAUUAAGUCAAGCAAUUGUUAAAUCACCUCUUGGAGGAGAUUAUAUUACAAUGCAGUGCAAACAGUACCUUCAGGAAAAUGAUGUAGAAAUAGUACCAACAUAUCUCAUUGGUGGUAAAGAACCUGUGAAGGAAAGAGAAAAAGCUAAAUGGAUUAGGAAAAGAAAUGUGCCUGAAGUUGCAACAUCGUGGCACAAUUAUAUGGCUAAGCGAGUUAUCCAAGAUUUUCAGAAUAGUGUUCUUCAAAUAUCUGAGGCUCCUUAUGAUGAAAAAACUGUUUCAUCAAUUCCGUCUGUACACUACGAAUUUCCUAGUGGUUACCAUCAGGAUUUUAGCUCAGAGCGAUUUCGAAUACCAGAAGCAUUAUUCGAUCCCUCUCAAAUGCGAGGUGGUAUGGUGGGAAAUACAAUGCUUGGAGUUGGUCACAUUGUGACAACAAGUGUUGGAAUGUGUGAUGUUGAUGUCCGACCUGCUUUAUAUGGUAGUGUUGUAAUAACUGGUGGAAAUUCAUUUAUACAGGGUUUCCCUGAAAGAUUAAAUCGUGAUCUUUCUGUUCGCAUACCAUCAAGCAUGCGUUUGAAACUGAUUUCUGCUAAUGGUUGCUCAGAAAGGCGUUUUGGAGCUUGGAUUGGUGGUUCUAUUCUUGCCUCAAUCGGCACAUUCCAACAAAUGUGGAUUUCGUCACAAGAAUACGAAGAGGCUGGAAAAGCUCAGAUAGAUCGGAAGUGUCCUUAAUAAUUGACUUUUUAAAUUUUAUCUCUAUAGACUAAAAUGUUAUAGUUUAAUUACUAAACACAUUUUGAUGUCGAAUAUAUCAUUAUGUUACGUUUAAAACUUUUGUGGCAUAAUUCAAAUGUAGAAACUCAAAUUCAUCUUCGAUUUACUGUUAGAAUAAAAUUCUACAAAUUUUUAAAAUGAAAUUCUGCAAAGCCAGAUUUAAUUAUUUCAUAUUUUUGAUUGAUUUCAGAAAUGUAUAUAAUUUAAAUAUAAGUGAGUGUAAAUUAGUAAAUUGUAAUAAAAUUUCUAUUUUAUUUAUUGAGGAAUCUGUAUAGAUUAGAAUUUUUCUAGAGCACCUCUAAAACAUAAAAUCUGCAAUAUCAUUAUGAACUAUUCAUAAUUUGUGUUGAAUUUAUUUUCUAUUGAGAACCUAUCUAAUGAACUGUCUUGAAUCAAGAAUAAACUUUUGUCUUUUACCAA